GUAGCAUUUACAAAAACUGGUACUUUGACUGGUGCAAUGUCCUGACUAUUUAUAUGCACCUAAGCCACGUAGCUUCGUCUCUUUCGCAGGUUUUUGAUUAUUUAACUAAUUAAGAGUAAUACAGAACUUUUCAGAAACUAGUAGGUUUACCGGGGUUUUAGCCAGAUGAAAUCCAAAGCUUUUUGUAAAUUAUUUACAACAUACAGUAACAUUUCCCCGUGUUUUAUGUCUUUUUUGGUUAAUAUAUGUAGAGUUUUGAACGAAAUUAAACCUAAAUUAAAAGAGAAAUAUUUUGUACAACUCUAUUGUACUGUGAUUGCAAACACUGUUUUGAGUCGGCCUAAAGUUUUAUAACUCUGCAUUUUAUGACGGAAACUUGGCUUUCGUGUUAAAACUUUACGACGCCUUAAUAUCUUAGCAUUACUUUUACAGGCAUUACAUGACUAUGUUACUCUGUAAAAAUACCAGACCAGUGACUUACCCAGGACAUCUGAAGUUUGCAUAGUAUUGUAAUUCAAUGUUAGGAAUAUAUUAAGGUAAUUAUGUUUUGUUAUAUUUGUUUUAAGAGACUGGCUGAUCAAUAUAUUGAAAAUGGCUUCCUUACCUGCAAUACUAAGUGUCAAUCGGCUUAGAUCUUCAGAAUAUGGAUGAAAUAUAUACAUUGUAUGUCCUACUACAAACGCUGCAUAUCAUUGGAUUAAUCAACGCCAGAAAUCCUUGAAAUAAUAAUUCAUGGAAUAUAGGCAGAUGUUCCUACCUUACAGGCGAAUCGGACUUGUGAACCUGCAAAAGGAUUUACUUCAGAUCUGAUAUAACAAAACUCGUUUACAUGGGUAAAUACAGUAUCAUUUAUAAUGACACAAAGCACAAAAAAAAUCGGAAAACAACAAAAACAUAGCAUUGUGAUUAGCAUUUAGCAAUCAGUAAAAGUAUAUUCUGGCAGUUUUUAACUAUUACUGUAUUUCUAUUUAACCUUCACCCUGCUAAAUUUCUAAAAUGGUCCAUCUUUCAAUUUGGACAGUACCACUUGUUUAUCAACGGGGUGUUCACUGAAAUUUACUGACUGAAUAGCGACCAGUGCAGACCAUGAUCAGACUGCAUGGAUUUGCAGGUUGAUCUUGGUCUGAACUGGUCGAAAAGGCAAAACCGCUUGCCGCCAGCAGGCUAAAGGUUGGAUACUAAAUGGUUUUGCCCCUCUGCAUUUUUGGUUAGAAAUCUCGCUCAGGGUGUAGAACUGUAGAAUUCUUUUACGAAAAGUUAAUCGUUCUAACCAGGUGCUCGCUCGUGCCUGAAAUAAUGCUAGUAAGGACAUCCGGGGAUGUUCCUCUACGAUGUAAAGCUGGAAAGUGGCUAUAAGACUUAUAAUUGUGUCGGUGUGACAUUAAACGCUGCGCAAUAUUUUACACCAAUACUUCAGCAUGCAAGUGCAAAUUAAGUCCUAUUUCCAGAGUGAAUGAACGGCAACAGGAAAAUAGAAAGAAUUACGCUUACUGAAAUUAUGGAUCAUUAGACACGACGGGUAAAUUUGUAUGAUUAAUAUAAAUGGUAAUGAAUCAAUAUAUUUUCUUCUUUCCGUUAGAGAUAAUCUGGUGAACUGAGAUUCUUUCUGUGUUAGAUUUAUAACCGUACGAUAUCAUGCAGCUUCGUGCAUAUAAGAUGAAUUGAAUCAGUGAAGCCUUUGAGAAAAUAUAAUCUGAUACAAAAAAAGAUAAACUCUACCCAAUAUCACUGCUAAUAACUAUGAUAUCCAGAUAGAUCUACUAGAGAGUUAGAAAAUGGUACAAAGUAAUUGUUAAAGGUAUAUACAGAUGGAUAUAUAUAUAUGUUAUAAUCAAAAUUAUAAUAACUAUUUGGUGUUGCUGAAUAUAAUCUUGAGUUUCUGAAAAAUUCGGAUGAUGGAGAUUUCUUUAUAAAGUGCGUGCAAGCCCUUCUCAAAAGGAUGGAUAUUGAAGAGGAGAAGAGGCGGCUGGCGGAGAUCAGAGAUAUGAUUGAUCCUACAGAGUUCUUUUUAGUUUGACAUAUGGAGUGUGAUAAAAAGAGCGGAAACAACCGACCCUUACAUUAUAAUGGCUAAACACCGGAUGAAUAAGGGGUCAACUAAACGGGUCAAGACUGGCAGAAAGGUGGUAGGGAGAAAUCGCCGGCGGGUAUCGAACACAGAAAGUGACGGUGGAGACUCUAGCCGGAGUAGAAACAGUUUUAAUAUGUAUGACUGGGAGGUAGCCGGAGCAGAGUAUCCGUAUGAUGAAGAAGAAAUACGAGAUCCACAAACAAAGACUGAACCUUGCCAGGACAUGUACCUACGUGCGUGUAGCACAUUUGGUGUCCAUCCCGUCGCCAGUUUUUACAAAGGUCUCCGGGAAGAAAAGUGCAUCUUGUGGCACCGAAAUAUGACCACUGAUGACAUUAAAGCUAUUGCAGUAGCCUUAGUUGGGAACAGCACUAUAGAGACACUGGACCUUUCUGACAACGAUAUGGGACCAUUGGGAGCCAAGUACAUUGCCGAUGCCAUGAAGGAGAACACUUUCAUUACAAAUCUGAAUUUGUCAGACAAUAAACUCACUGCUCUCGGAGUGAAAUACAUUGUGGAAAUCAUCAUUGACCAGGAUACAAUCAAGAGUCUCAGCAUAGCUGGGAAUGGUUUGCGGGAAUGUGACUCUGAGAUAAUUCGGCCUCUCUUUGAGCAUCCCGUUAACCUGAGGCAUCUUGAUAUGUCACGUAAUGAGUUAAGAAUGGCUGGUGGAGAGGUUAUUGGUGAAGCACUUCUAGAAAAUGAAACCAUUGUGUCACUAGACCUUAGUUGGAACCAUCUACGCAGAGAUGGCGCUUGUUUCAUUGCCGACGGACUGGCGGGAAAUACGUGCCUCAGGAAGCUAAACCUUGCAUGGAACGGAUUUCACUUAGAUGGUUGCCAAGCCUUAGCACGUGCGCUCGAGCAGAAUAACACACUCACUGAACUUGAUAUCACGUGUAACAGGAUCAGCAAAGAGUGUCUAGAGAAACUGAUGGUUGGUCUGAAGAAAAACACAACUCUUGAAAUAUUGCGCAUAGGGAAGAAUCCUGUAACACCUGCUGGUGCCAUGCUGCUCCUGGAGUUCUUAAAAGACAACAAAACAACUGGAAUAAGAGAAUUAGAUAUAACCGACCAGCUCGUGAAGCCUGCAUUCGUUGACGUACUUGCCGAGAUAAAAGCAAUAAAAGACAUAAAAGUUAUCUUCGGACCGGUGCAAGGCCGUGACAAGCGCGGUGAUGAUGAUGAACUUACCUUGAUGGAUGAGAACCCAACAAUCGUACUAAUGGAACUCGGUAAACUGAUGGGAUUCCGUCUGUUAGACCUUUUUGCUGCAUUUGAUAAGGAUGGCAGUAAAACGCUUGACCACAACGAAAUUAAGACAGGACUCAGGAUGGUGAACAUUCCAUUGAGUGACGAUUGCAUAGAUUUUCUCAUAAAAAAGCUGGACGUAGACGGAGACGGUGAAAUUGAUUUUGGAGAAUUAAUGGCAGCACAGACAGAGUACCGGAGGAAGAUGGGUAAAUUUAUGGCGGCUCAAGAGAGCGACAAGGACAUUGAAAAUACAGAAAUCGGCCGUAUUAGGAUCAAACUAUCUAGACUUAUGUCGAAGAAAAUGUCUGGGAAUCCGGCUUUCAGACGUGGAGUAGAAAACAUGACAAAAAUUAUAACUCAACAGGGCGAGGCAAAAUUUGCAGAGAAAAUGGGACAAAGUCUGGUACAGAGAAUGAGAGGCUCCUUAUCUCAUUAUGUAGAUAGGGAUCACCAAAAGCGUUCAGAAUCCAUCACAAUGCCACAAUUAACACUCUCUGAUAAAAUCAGACAGUGGAAGCCUAUGAAUUAAAACGCCUCGUGAACAUAAUUGGCAUUUUGCUUCGUCUGCAACAAAGAGCAAUAACGAAUAUACACAUCAUCAGUCAGGAUGUGUUUUCGUGUUGUUGAUGACUAAUCGCACAUGUUUAAAAUAAAGAUUUAGCUUAUAGAUUUAUAUGAAGUAAUCGCUAGGAUGUAUGUACAUGUAUUUCAUGUUUUGCACGGUAAGAGCAUCGUGUAAAAUUGAUAACCUAGUCGCAUCUCAGAAACUAUUACAUAAGAAUUUUUCGAGAAAGGCCUGAAUCGUUUUAUCAAAGAAUUGUAUGCUUUACCAAUAAGCCAUUUUGUCACUGGAUAAAAGUAGAAGAAAAGCGAUGUCAGUUUCUGAACAUUUUAUGUAUUUUUCAAGGUAAUAGUACCAGUAAUAUUUUCUAUAAAUACUUGUAUUUUGAUAUACUCUCCUUACGUAUGUAAUAAAUCUAUUCUCUAUUAUAAAGUAUAUACAAUACAGAUAAUGUCAAAAACAAAAGAUAUGUAGCACAAUUCUGGUAACCGGUAAACAGAAAGGGUACAUAACAUGAAGAAUUACUAUAUGUGUGUCAACAUGUUAAAUCCAGGUGUGUAAAAGAUUGGUAGUAAAACAUCUGUAUAUAAAAAGAAAAAAAACUUGCUAAAUGAAAACCUAAUCAUGUGUCUAUAUCAUGCUAAAAUGGAGUUCUAGUGCGUGUUAUUUUAAAGUUUGAUUAACACAAUUUAGCGGAGGGCGAAGUUCUAUAAACAGUAAGUUAGAAAAUAGUCUUAGUUUAAUUUUCGCUGAUAUUCCCAGUCUUGUUCAAUUGUAAAUUGGAAACGUUCGAUUUUAAUUCAAGAGGUGACAGCAAAACGGAUCUAAGGCUUCUUUAUCUAAUGCAUUUCGAUCAGUUUCGCUCUGAUCCCUCCACUUACAUUUCCACUCUAUUUAUGAGAAUGGUGUCGUAGUCGGGAAAUUCUAGAAUCGCAAAUAAAUCUUGGCACAACAAAAUCGCGAUGAAAAAUGUCAGGCAACCAUUUCCCUAUAAACAGAACUAUAGAUUAAAUAUUUUUGCGGUCUCGCCAAUUGUUAGUUUUUGGGCAUAAUACAGAUUAAUAAUCAGGACCAUGUCAGUAAAGUUAAGAGUCGAGCUGCUUACAUUCGACAUUGUCCCGAGUUGAAUCUGCGGACAAUGCGAGACCUCUCCGAUGCUACAAUGCAUUGUUCGUCAAUCUUCAUUAAAUUAAACUCAAUCUGAAGUAUUAUAAGUAAAAGUUGUUGUUGCUUUAAAUGUCAAAUUAGUAUGUUUUAUUAUA